AGUCUUAUAGAAGGACAAAAAAAAGGAAAAACAGAAAAAGAGAAAAGUGUGUUUUGCUUCAUUUUCUUCAAGAAAAUGGAAACCCAAAACGAAAUUAUGCUUGUAGAAACGGAAACAUGUUCAGAUGAGAAGAGGGUUUGUUCUUCAGGGAAAAAGAGAGCUCCAAUAUUGUUUGGUUGGCCAUGGCAGAAUCUGUCAAAUUUCAAGUAUUUGUUGUUUGGGCCACUUCUUGCUGAGUUAAUCUAUUCAAGAAUCUAUGAAAAGAAGCACAGUGAGUAUAGUUGGUGUUUGCAUAUUCUAAUAUUGUCUUCACUACGAGGACUUGUGCACCAGCUAUGGAGUUCCUAUAACAACAUGCAUUAUCUUAAUCGAAAUCAUCGGUUAUCUGAAAAAGCCAUUGGUUUUGAUCAAAUUGACAAAGAAUGGCAUUGGGAUAAUUUCAUCAUACUUGAAGCAUCUGUAGCCUCAAUAAUCUUAUUGAUCAAUCCAUCAGUGACCAAUCUGCCUGUAUGGAAAACCAGUGGGAUUAUUUCUUGUGUAAUUUUCCAUAUUGGCCUCUCAGAACCUCUAUAUUAUUGGCUUCAUAGAUUAUUACAUUCCGAAUAUUUCUUCGAACGAUAUCAUUGGUUACACCACAGUUCUACAGUGAACAAUCCAUUUACAGCCGGUCAUGCGACAUUUUUGGAGCAUUUAUUACUUUGUGUAAUUAUGGGAAUUCCAAUUCUUGGGAGUACUUUGAUAGGACACGGUUCGAUCAUUAUGUUCUAUGGCUAUGUUUUGGUGUUUGAUUUCCUAAGAUGUAUGGGGCAUAGUAACAUUGAAGUUGUUCCUCAUCACAUCUUCGAUACCAUGCCUAUGGUCAAAUACCUUAUUUAUACACCAACGUACCAUUUUCUACAUCACAGAGACAUGAAGACGAAUUUUUGCCUUUUUAUGCCUCUUUUUGAUGUUUUUGGAAAGACAAUGUACGAAAUUUCAUGGGAUCUUCAUAGAGAAAUAAGUUCAAAUGAAGGAACGAAAGCAAAAGCACCAGAAUUUGUGUUUCUUGCACAUAUGGUUGAUAUCAUGUCAAUAAUUCAUGCUCCAUUUUUUUUGAGAUCGUGCAGCUCUUUACCAUUUGCCAGAAAUAUUAUCUUCUUUCUAAAUUGGCCGUUAGCUUUCUUGGUGAUGCUGAUGAUGUGGGCUAAAUCUAAAACUUUCUUGUUCACUUUCUGGUAUCUUAGAGGACGAUUGUUUCAUUAUUGGGUCGUGCCACGAUUUGGGUUCAUGUAUUUUAUAUCGUCUGCAAAAGAUGGCAUAAAUAGCCAAAUCGAAGAAGCUAUACUGAAGGCCGAUAGAAUUGGUGUCAAGGUCCUUAGCCUUGCUGCCUUGACAAGGUGA